ACUUGAGUGAAAAAGCGAAAAAUAAAAGUAAAAGUGUUGCGCGCGCGCCCGCGAAGGAACUGUAAAUGAAAAGCAUGCGCCAAUAAACGCAAUUUCAGACUUGAACUAAAAUACUUUCGUGUAAUUUGUUGUUUCGAAAUUAACGCGUAAUACGCUUCCACCAAUACGCACGUGAAAAACAAUAUGGAUAAAACACAUCCGGAAAGGGCAUCGGUUAGCCCCAUUUCUCCAGGUUCGCCCACCGCUUCGCAUGUAUCCUCCAGCGCCUCAAUUAGCAGCGCUCACAAGACGCAUGGCGUACAAAAGUUUUGCUCAAAAAUCCGCCACAAAAUCGAGGAUAAUAUUGCACCCCGCCUCACCGGUAAACUCUACAAAUCCCACAAGCAUUCAAUAUCAAUGAACUCACUCAGUAUUGCCGAGUCGACCAGCGGCAAAUACACCGCCAUCGGUAAGCAGUCCACUUUGCCUACGCUGCCCGCAAAGAAGGGACAAGAAGUGGGCGCCGCGACGUCGCCGAUGUCUAACGCACAGCGUCGCAUCACCGGCAUGUUGAAGCAUCAGCGUCAGCGCAUUAGCAAAUCUACAAAAACGCUUAGCAAGCGUGAAAUAUCUGCGCCGAUAGGCAAAGUUGCGACUAAUUCCGGUAUUAUUUGUCCGGCUUUAGAGGGUAAAGGUGGUUGCGUUGAUGGCGCCGCCAUUGCACAGGCAUCAUCCGCGACAUCUAUGUCGCCUUCCACGCCCUAUGAAAGUGGCACUUAUGUGGAUAGCGAUGAGGAAUAUCAACUGAGCUUGAGUUUGACCAAACAGUCACUGGAAGAUGAAAUUUUCGAGGAGCUUGAGAAAGCCGCGCAUGAUGAGUCGGCACUGAAUGCGGUGUUAAAAAAUUUUGAUCGUCUGCUCACCGAUUACAAUGGUGACCCAGUGGUGGGUGAAGUAAACCAGACAACACCGCAUGUGGAAUGCGAUGUAGCUGUUGUGGAGGCGGCAGCCGCAGCGCAGUUAGAGCUACUGGCCUUAGAGCCGCCGAUUGCAUUCGCCGAUAGUGAGAUCGAGCGGCAGGAAGAGAGUAAGGAUGAAGAGAAGAUAGACGGAGCUAAUCGGUCAAGAGAAGACGUGAACUGCGAACUUCGUAAAACAAGUUUAGACACAACAGAAACAUUUUUGGAGUCGGUCGAGCCCACUUUAGAGCCCAACAUUGUUUCGACUACUGCGGUGACUCCGCAAGAAGUGCUUAAAUCGCAAUCCGCGACAGCAUUGGUGCAAAAAUUCGCUGAGUUACAAGAUAAUCCAGCAGAUGCGGUAGCGGCUAUUCGUGCGACUAACAACCACCCAAUUUCCAUAGUUGACAACGAAAACUCAUCGACAGUAACAACGGCGGCCACUAGCAACGCAGCUAGCCCAAGCAGCGCCGCUAUAACCGCUACCGAAUCUACUACAGAUCACAUGAUACCGCCAGUGCGUCCCAAGCGCUUGGAGAAAUCUAAGUCUUCGCUGGCCAUACCCAGACGCAAUGUUUACCAAUCACCGGAUACGCCUACGCUACGCAACAUACGCUAUGCUUUAGCUACGCGCGCACGCUGCAAAUCAGUUUGGGAAUUGACACCCAACUCCGCAGCGGUUGCGGCAAAUAGUAAAAUACCAAUUUUUAAAGCGUUGCCAUUACAAAAACGUAGCAAUAGCUUCUGCAGCACUUCCUUGACGGAAGUGGUUGGCAAGGAGAAGCUGCCAAGUCGUAACAAUUCAACGGUAGCUGUGAAACCCAAUGGCGUGGGAAUGAACGGAACACCGUCUGGAAGGAAAGAUAUUGUCGCCGUGCCGAAUAGUCAACGCCGCCAACUGACAAAGGAAGCACGUUCUGCCUCAGCGCUAUCGUUAGCCGGCAACAAGUCACGUUCGCGUUCUGUUUCAACAACGCGCACUCAAGCGCACACGCCUUCAACCACUCUUAUACAGCAACAACAAACCCAGACCGCGGCUGGCCAACGUGGCAAACGCAAGUCGCUGCCUAGCGAAAAACUAACGCGCACCAACUCACGCCUACAAAUGGAGAGAACCAAAUCUUCAAUCGGCUUUAAUUCAGGCGCACACGCUACAAUAUCUCCACGGCGUACGCCCUCCAGCACCAGUUUGAGCGGCAGUCCAUGUAGCGGAAGUGUUUCGCGUGCCACCAUGGCGUUGAAUUCAGUAGGCGCGCGUAAGCUACAGCGUAGUCGCGAUGAACUACUCGACAAGUGCUUGGAGAAGGGACAGGAGAUUUUGCGCAAAGUGGAAUCAAUUAACACGGAAGGUGGCAUGCGUAAGACAACAAUGGCGAGUAGCAAGGCAGGGGUAGCGGCAGUGACUGCUUCAUCGCAAUCCAAACGUGCUGGUGCGGCGACAGUGACAGCGCCGAACGCACGUACGAAAGUGAAAACAGUAGGCGCUGGCAAUACACCGCAGGCAGCUGGUAAAUUAACGAAAGAUGCGUGCAGCAACGGUACUUUGCGAGGUACGCGCGUUUCCAAUGCCACCACCUCCACCGCCGCCGCUUCCCCAGCCAUGGGCGCUGUCACGGCCACAAAACAGUUGAAAUAUGCGAAUGAGGAGAAAGUGCCACAGCCACAGCUGGAGUUCUGCAAAAUAAUACCACCCGUAUUGGGUGAGACAUCCGAUAAGCACAUCGAGUUGCUGGUUAAUGUGGUACAGGCAAAAUUGACUGCGCCGCCCAGUGAAGGCAAAACAACUGGCGGCGGCGGCGGCGGCGACAACGGCGACACUACACAACAGCUGUCACAACACCAAGCAACAACAAACAGUGGCAAAGAACAGUAUGCGACACCUUCAUAUGAGCCGCUACAAUCUGCAGCCCACGCUGAAAAGCUUGGCGAAGCUCAGGUUGAUGAGCGCAAACAUAACAACAACAACGAAUCUGACUCAGAUGACUCAGGCCACAUAUCGAAUGAGAAUGAUACGACCAUUCAUACGCUAUCCACAUCCACGACGUCCAGUGUAAGUCUUUGCGAAUCAGAUCUGAUCGAGGAGGAAAAGGUAGAAACAGCAGCUGCGACAACAGCCUACAAGGCAGCGUCGGGCAAAUCAACGAAAAUUUCCGAACUCUUGGAGAAGUUCGAAAAGCAAUCGUUAGCCGCCGAACAGUGCGGUAGCAUCCCACGAAGCACACCCACUAAAGUCUGUACUGCGACACGCGUCGCACAACUCGAGGCCGUACAAUGCAUACAAACACAGGUGGAGUUCUAUCCGACCUACAGUAAAGAGGUAACUAUUAGGUUGCUUUAGAGCGCCGCAAUUUCCGAAGUACUCGUACAUACAUGAGUGCUUUAAACCUGAACGCAAAGUAUAACUAAAACGAACGAAGCGCUAAAAUAUUCGAGUAAUAAAUAAAUAAACAUCCAACCUUCUGCAGAACCAUACUUCAACCGGUAGCCAUCUCCUUAAUUUCUCUGGUGAAAUUGGUGCAUUUUAAUGUUAAUAUUAAUUAUAUAUACAAAUGUAUGCUUAUUAAAUCAUUUAUCAAAUAUAAGUAUCUACCUAUCCUCUCUGGGACUCUACUCUGUAUUGCGAUUCAUAGUGCCAAGCUUUCGAAUCCGAAUGAGUGGCUUUUCGAAUCGCAGUAUAGAGUAGGCCCCAUGGUUUUGGCUCUAUAAAAGUCCAAAUCCUGUAGUUUUUGCAUUUAUUGAUUUUUUUUUUUACCUAUUACCUUUUAACUUUUUAUAUCUACCCUUGCUUACUAUAUAGUAUAUAGGUCAAUCCAGGUUAAAUCGACCAUUUUCGGUUUGCAUGAAAUUUGAUCAGAACUUUUGUUCUGUCAUAUAACGAAGUUCUGUCAAAGGAAAAAAUAAAAUUUCUUUUUUCGAUAGUUAUGCAAAAUUUAAAAUUUACAAUUUUGCAAAUUAAUUUUUUUAAUACCACAAACACUAUCGAUCUUUAGUGAUAUUUAGGACAAUAAAGAAAAAUAUAUGAAAAAAUUCGAAAAAUAAAAAAAUAUCAGAAUUUUGAAAUUAAAAAAAUUUAA